AUGCUAUUCGAGGAAGAGCAAUCACAAGAAUGGCAAACGAAGAACGCUCAGGCUUUGCAUGCUAUUCAACCCGCUUGUGGAUCACAAGCUUACUCCAAGUAUAAGAAGAAUACACAUGUCUCUGCUAAAUUCGCUUGGGAUCAUUUGGCUGAAUUGGGUCAUAUCCCAACGAAACAUCCUGAGGUUACACAUAAAAAAGAUCAAGAUGUUUCUGGUGAAUAUACAUUGUUCACAGGGGUUGAAAAGCACCAUCUAUAUGAAGACCUAUACAACGCUACUGAGGAUGACAACAUGGAAGGAGUGAAUGUGAUCCUUAAGAGGGAACCCAAUGCUACAACAUCAAUUGUAUCUUCACAUGGAUAUACAGCUCUCCACAUUGCAAUCCUCUCUGGAAAAAUAGAGAUUGCACUAGACUUAGUGAAGAAGAUACCCCCAGAAGAAUUAGAAAUUAGCAAUGAGUUUGGGGCAAUGUUGUAG